AUGUCCAACUCCAAUGAUAUCGAACUCCAUGAAACUCACCUCACAACCCCUGAUACAAGUCAAGAAACUUUAGAAGAUGAUGACUUUCCUGAAGGUGGUAAAGAUGCUAACUUGGUGGUGCUUGGUUCACUUCUAGGAUUAUUAAUAACGUUUGGUAUUAUGAACUCUGUUGGUGUUAUUCAAGCAUAUGUUGCCACACACCAAUUGGAAACAGCAUCAACAACAAGUGUUGGUUGGGUUUUCUCGAUCUACUUCUUUGUAUCUUUUAUAGGUUCCAUUUUGACAGGUCCAUACUUUGAUGCGAAAGGCGCCAAAUCAUCUAUGAUUAUAGGAUCUCUUUUAAUGGUUGGUGGGUUAUUUGCAACGGCUAAUUGUAACACAAUUUACCAAUUUUUAUUAGCAUUUGGAUUUGUUUUUGGAAUGGGGUCCAGCUUCGUGAUGACAGCUACUUUAGGCUCGGUUUCACAUUGGUUCAACAAAAGAAGGGCACUGGCAUUAGGCGGAUGUACUAUUGGUGGAUCUUUAGGAGGCGUUAUAUGGCCCUUGAUGUUUAGAAGUCUUUUCCCAAUGAUUGGAUUUCAAUGGAGCUUAAGAUUAAUGGGUUUGAUAUCAUUAAUAUGCUUGAGUAUAAGCACAUACUUGCUUAAAGUAAGAUUACCAGCUGUAAAGUCUGAAAAUUUUAUCAAGGAUUCGUUUGUCAUGAUGGAUUUAAUCCAUGAACCUAGAUUCUUGACAUUAUCAGCUGCUAUUUUACUUGGUGAGUUUUCGUUGAUCUUAGUCUUCACAUAUAUGCCAUCAUAUACAAUGUACCAUGGUUAUUCAGAGUCUGACGCAUUUUUAGUUACAAUAACAUGCAAUUGUGUUGGUCUUAUUGGUCGUUCUCUACCCAGUUAUGCUGGUGACCAUUUUGGGAGAUUCAAUGUUAUGUGUAUUUCCGUUGUUGCUUGCACAAUCUUAAUCUUCAUUAUUUGGUUACCAUUUGGCUCCAAUUUGAAGAUAAUGUAUACAUUUGCUGCUUUUUAUGGGCUAUUCAAUAGUACAUUCCAAGCACUUACACCAGUUUGUUGUGGUCAAAUUAGCAAGACAAAAGAUUUCGGGAAAAGAUAUGGUACUGUUUAUUUUUUCGUUUCAUCUGGAAACCUUAUUGCUUUACCAGUUGGAGGUGCCUUGAUUGGAAACGGGAAAGGUUAUAACAAUUUGAUUAUUCUUGCCGGUGUAACAGAAGCAUUAUCGGCUAUACUUUGGAUAAUAUCAAGAGUUAUUUCCACUGGAUGGAAGUUGAAUAAGUUUUGAUUAUAUAGAGUAUUUUGAAUGGCUGGAGAUGACUAUCACUGAAAUUGAUUGGUUUGUUCUCUAAAGUAUCAAGUUGCUUUGAAUUGGAAAAUGUUUAAGAGGUUUGAAAGAGUAUUGACCUAUUGUUCGUUGAAUUUACAUUUUUUCCAGUAGUCAAGAUAGCUUAGUAGAUAUGACUCCUAAUACGACUGUGCUAAUGGUUUAGGUCUCAGAUGGUAUGGGAUUUGUUGCUGGUGAAAUUUUGGUGCUUAUACAGUUUGGAGAUGCCACUCGGGAAAAUGUAGAUAUAUUAUAGUAAAGAUAAAUGUAUCUUCUAUUGCUGAAGGAUCUUGUUGAAGCAGUGGUGUAGUAUUAUGAUGAGCGUUCAAUACUGGUUAUCAAUUUACUAUUGGUUGGGUAAUUAAUGGUUGUAGCAGGUACGUGUAUACUAGGUACAAGGAUUUCAACAUUUAUAAUAUUUUCGAGUUUCUGAUCAAAGUCUAACUAGAUCUAUC